AUGUUGAAGCGGCAAGAUUGGCAGUUUGUGCACGGCAAGGAGGGUGGCGACUCAGGCAGCGAGACCAGCGACGACUCGGAUCGUGACGACGACGUAUCUUCCGAGGACGGCAGCCCAGGCCCUGGGGCCGCCGCUUCAAAGCGUCCGCGGGCGUCUGCAGCCCCUCGUGUGAAGCCGGCGCCGGCAAAGCGGGCAAAGCGGGCAGAGCAGUCAGUGGCGGGGGGCAGAAAAGACGACAGCUCGGAUGGGGGUGAGCAGAGCGGCGAGGGCAGCAGCGGCAGCGGGGACGAUGACGACGAUUUGGUGGGCAACGGCGGCCCCAGCGGCUCGGACGUCGGCGCUGUCUCGGAUGGCGGCGGCGGCGGCGGCGGCGAUGAUCGCGGCGGCAGCAGCAGCGGCGACGGGGAUGGGAGCGACGAGGAGGGCGGGGAGCUGCGCGUGGAGGAGCUAAUACGCAACUGGGAGGCGGCGCCCUUGCAAGAGGCCGUCAGGGGAGUGGCCCUGCGGUGCGUCGCCUGCAAGGCGCUGCUCAUCAACGCCCAGGGGUACCGUGCCCACGCCCAGUCCAAGGUGUGCGCCGCCAGCGGGGGCGCGCCGCCGCGGGACCCGCCCGCUCCCGCGCCCACGCAGGUGCACAAGCACAUAGGCGCCAUGAGGAGCUGGCCCGAGCAUCUGGGGCCCGCCAUCGUGUUUGCCACCGACGCGGCGAAGGGGGAAGAGACCGGGGAGACGCACGGGGAGCGCCUGGCGCGGCUGCGGCGGCAGGCGGAGCUCGACGCUCAGGACGCGGCCGGCGGCAGCGAGGGCGGCGGCGCGGCAGGCGGGAAGAAGGCUAAGGGCAAGGGGCGGCGCAAGGAGGGGGACAAGCCUGCGCGCAAGCGGCCGGGCAAGCGUCAGCGGGAAGCUCUAAAGGCAGAUCCGCCUGCGGGCGCCGCCGCUGCGCAAGGCGCCAAGCGCGGCGGCAAGAAGGGCGGGCCCCGCGGCGGCAACAAGGCUGGUCCCGAGGGAGCUGAGGGCGGAGAGGCAGCGCCCAAGCGCAAGCGUCCGGGGAAGCAGGCACGGGCGGAGCGCAGGGCGGCAGCGGGAGGCGGCGGCGGCGGCGGCGGCGGCGGCGGCGGCGGCGGCGGCGGCACGGCGACGACACCUGCUGUCGAGGCCCCGGCGCAGCCGGCUGCAGGGCCGGCUGUGGCGGCGGGCGGCAAACAGGCAGCUGGGGGCAAGGGGCGCACCGGGGCACGCCGCUCGGCUUAG